AUGGAGGAGAUCGUGCAGCUGUGUGCUGUAUGCACGCCGGACGACGACUCCAAAGGUUCACUGCUAGGGUCGAUUCUUUCCUUCAUGGUGCAGAGGGCAGUGCGUGUGGCGCUCCCUCGGAUGUCUGCCGUGGAAAAGGGCGUUCUGACGCUGCGUCUCAUCUGCGCUGGCGGACUUCAGCAUGACGAGUGCCGUCAUUUUCUCUUUCGAGAGCUCUGCCCACCUUAUAAAUCCAGUGUCCUCUUGCGGUGUAGCCACGAGCUCUAUCUGAAGCCCACAGAACAAAUGGUGGCUCUCACUGACAAUAACGCAUGGGAAGUGGCGUCGCCGCGACUGAGCCGAAGAUCCAUGCCACUUUUGUCUCUCUUGCGGAGUGACCGCGGUACAGACAGGCUCCUCCAGCCGCCCGUGGACUUUCGCGGCGAGGAUGCCAAAGAUUUCUUCACUGAGAUGCUUCUCUCAUGGGAUACGACAGGUGCGACGCCGGUUUCUCUUGGAGAACUGCCUCCGGGCCUUGCCACAUAUGUGGUGCUGCACUACCCUGCACGCACGCUUCGACUGCUGCGAAAAGUUGUUGUGGAGCCGUUCAUACCGUCUACGUGGCGUGCUUUGUGGCGGCGGCUCAUUGUUUCCGAGACGGAUGCGCAGGACGUCGCAGCCGAUACAAUACAUUCGGUGCUGACUCAAGUACCCUGUGCUGACUUUUGGCCGUCACUUUCACGUAUGGUCGUGUAUCCUCUCGCUGGUAUGAUGUAUGAUGGUGGCGAGGGGGAGAAGGAGGAUGAAAAUCAGACAGCACUCUUGGAGGGGUCUAUGGUGUUUACGACGCACGCCAUGUUCUCUCUGUGGCUCAAUGAGUUGAUGCAGGGGGAUUAUGGCGAUGAAAUGAAGUUCACUACUCAAAACAUGGAAACGACGGAUAUAACUAGUUCCUCUUGGCGCCGUGCAUUGGCACAGGGUCUGCACCUGUUGGAGAAGGACGUCGCCUACACAUCUGAUGGAGAGCAGCAUCAGCAUUACCAGAGGCAUGCAGGUGCGGUCCGUGCAGCUUAUGCGCUGCUAUUUACGCUCUACCACAGCCACAGCAUGGCCUCACACUACGUUCGCAGUGCUCUGGACCACCCAGAGAUGACGCUUUUCGUGCCGUCCUUCGCCGAUCUUAACGAGGAGGAAGGAGGCCGAUGGGGCGGCACUGAGGCGAACUGCAGCACUUCGGCGUUUCUCACCGCGCUGGCGUUGCGGGUGCCGGCGGCGCAAUUGUACAUCGCUGAGCGGGCUUGGCGACUGAUCGAGUCAAGGGUGGCACAUGGUUCAGGGGAUGCGAGGAGUGACAGACAGUUGGCUGAACUCGACGCACGCCUGCAGGUCUUGCUGAACAGCUUCACUUUCAGCAGCAUCCCACUGGAGACAGCACAUGGUGGAAUGGCUGCGGCACCUCCUCAAGAGCCGCCAAUGCGAGAGGAGGGACCACGCCUCACGCUGCGACUGAAGCGAACACGCCCCGAUGAAGAAACUUCUCGGUCUCUGGAUGGUGCUGGCAGUGGUGUGCACAACGAAAGCAAGAGUCGAACACGGGCACCUCCAACAGCCUCUCAUGUGGCAGCUGCGGCGUCACGUUUGUGCAGUGCGUUGCUUGACUUCGCGGCAGAGGAGGUUUCGCAGCCGCUCACGACGUUGCACUCUUCUUCUCCACUCUCAACAUUCGCCGCAACACCGGAUUCUAGACCUUCCUUCAGCACAACGCGAUUGAUGCUAGUGACGCCGUCACACAUGAAGGCCCUUCUUGGAAUACUCUCCCCUUCUUCUUCUUCGCCGUGCUCGGAGGCGGUGCAUGACGUAUGCUGCGUCCUCAUGUCAGUGCUGUUAUACCGUCAGUGCGCUGUGCUGCAGCGUUGGUUUUCACAUGAGACAAGUAAUGAUCUGAGGGCUGCUGUAGCAGGUCGGUUUUCAUGGCGUGUGCGACGCUGGGUGCGCUUCUUCGCCCCUUUGGGUGUGUUCCGCUACGCUCCUGUGGCACAUGUGCUUCUGCCUGAAUGCCUGCGCAUGAUGAGUGGGGAGAGCAAGGACAGAGAUGAAAUUACGAGAGAAAAGGCGGAUGCAAAUGGACGAACAUCGACAUCAUCAACAUCAGCGGACAUAGCUUUGGCGGAAAUGUGUGAUGUUGUGAGGGCCGCUUUUUGA